AAAACCUGUCACUAGAAAAUAAGGGGGUCUGCGUGUUUCAGCGGUGAACAUUUAAACGUUUGUCCAUUUCUGCGGUCUUGUUUCAGCGCAUUGGUCGCGGUGUUGUUUUGUAAGUUCAACAACCGCGAUGCUUAUAUCGCUAGGAUGGCUGUCAGCGCUCGUGGCUGGUAUCUUUGCUUUGCACAUCGGACAGAAGUUGUGUUUUCCAUACUUUUGGAAAGACCUUUUCUAUUUGGCCAAAGUCGUCCGCUACGGUCUGAAGAUGGAGAUGUGCAAAGUGACCUCCAAAGUGUUCACGGUGAUGGACAGGUUUGUGCAACAAGCUGAACGAAUCCCCAACAAAACGUUUAUUAUUUACGACGGAGUCAGUUAUACGUACAGGGAGAUCGAUGAGCGCAGCAACAAGGUGGCACAGGUUUUUGACAAACUGGGGACAGUGAAGAAAGGGGACACCGUCGCCCUUCUGAUGAACAACGAACCCGAUUUUCUGUGCGUUUGGUUCGGUUUGAGCAAACUAGGGUGCUCCGUCGCUUUUCUCAACACAAACAUCAAAUGCAAGUCGCUGCUGCACUGCUUCAACUGCUGUGGAGCCAAAAUUCUCGUUGUUGGCCAAGACCUGCUGCACUCGCUGGAGGAGCUGCUCCCCGGCCUGCGGGAGGGCGGCAUCCAGGUGUGGGCGGUGACGGCGGAGAGCUCGCACCCCGGGGUCCACGCGCUCCUGCCCGCGCUGGAGCAGGCCCCGCCCCUUCCUGUUCCUGCCGAACGCCGCGCCGCCACGUCCCUCAAGACCCCCACCCUCUACAUCUUCACCUCCGGAACCACGGGGCUCCCGAAGGCAGCGGUGAUCACGCACCUGCAGUCGCUGAAGGGGGCGGCGGGGUUCUGGGCGUACGGCGGCACCUCUGAGGACGUGGUGUACACCCCCCUCCCCCUCUACCACAGCAGCGCGUCCCUCAUCGGCAUCGGGGGCACCAUCGAGCUGGGUGCUACCUGCGUGCUGAAGAAGAAGUUCUCCGCCUCGCAGUUCUGGGCGGACUGCAAGAAGUACCACGUGACCAUCUUCCAGUACAUCGGAGAACUGUGCCGUUACCUCUGCAACCAGCCCAUGGCCGAGGGCGAGCAGGACCACCGGGUGCGCAUGGGCGUGGGGAACGGCCUGCGGCAGGACGUGUGGCGGGAGUUCCACCAGCGCUUCGGCCAAAUCCGCAUGUGUGAGCUCUACGGCUCCACCGAGGGGAACCUCUGCUUCAUGAACCACGUGGGCAAGAUGGGCGCCGUCGGCCGCUCCAACUUCUUCUACAAGCUCCUGUUUAACUAUGAGCUGGUGCAGUAUGACCUGGAGAAGGAUGAGCCAAUCCUCAACGACCAGGGCUUCUGCCAACGAGUGGAAAAAGGUGAGACGGGGCUGCUCCUGUCGAAGGUGAGUGCGAGCGCCCCGUUCUUCGGCUACGCGGGGAGCAGGACCCUGACGGAGAGGAAGCUCCUGAGGGACGUGUUUGUGAAAGGAGACGUGUACGUCAACACCGGCGACCUCAUGCUGCACGACCACCACGACUUCCUCUACUUCAGGGACAGAGUCGGAGACACCUUCAGGUGGAAGGGGGAGAACGUGGCGACCACCGAGGUGGCAGAGGCUCUUGGGAUGGUGGACUUCAUUCAGGAGGUCAAUGUUUACGGCGUCGAGGUCCCAGGAAGCGAGGGCAGAGCCGGAAUGGCCGCCGUCAUCAUCAGGCCGGGCUGCGAGUUUGACGGGGAGAGGCUGUUCCAGCACGUGCUGCGCCUCUUACCCAGCUACGCACGCCCACUCUUCAUCCGCAUCCAGGAGUGCAUGGAGAUGACAGGAACCCUGAAGCACCAGAAGUUCCGGCUGGUGGAGAGUGGGUUCAGCCCGUCCAGCGUCUCCGACCCGCUGUACUUCCUGCACAGCGCAGAGAAGCGCUACGUCCCUCUCACGGAGCACACCUACGCCAGCAUCGUCUCCGGGCAGCAGAAGCUGUAGAGACGGAGCAUCGCGGCCAGGGACGGGGGUCGGGCGGUGUGGUUCUGCA